UGUUCAAAGCCAUUUUUUAGUCAAAUUAAAUUAUUUAGUGUAUAUUUUUGCUAGUUCACAAUUUCUUGAUCAUUUGAACUUGAAGUUUAUUUUCAUAAUCAAAUUAAAAUAGAAAAGGUUUUAAUUAUUUAUAUAAAAGUGUUAUGUUAACCUUUAUAGCUAAUUUGCUUGUUAAAAUGAUUCAAACACAUCUGAACGAAAUUUAAUAUCUUAUCUUUAUCCAAUGACAGUAUCCCACAUCAUUCUAAUGGUACAGACUAGUAGAAAUUAAUAACAGUGUGAUUGUUUUCAAUACCAGUUACAUCAGUAUUGGAGCUUUUUAUUAGCUGUGUUAUUGUGAAGUUGCCUAUUGUAAGGAUGCGAUCAGCCAACUAUAUUGUAUUUAUUGUGUCAACAUCAAAGUUGUCUGUUUCAAGAUGUUACCAAAAUGGAUCAUUGAUUCUUACAUGGUAUUCAUCAAAAAACUUUCAUCCAUAAAUCAUGAAAAAGGUCCACCUAAAACAGUAGAAAUGAGAAAAAUUGGUCUUUUUUUAAUUUUUAUUUCUGGUGUGGUUGUUGCUGUUCUAAGUACAGUACUAUCAUCAUAUUUCUACCACAGCUAUGAUGAAUUUCCUGGGGCGGAAAUGCGCCGAGUAUUUAUUCCUCUUCCUUCCAGUAAUUUUUUACAUGUUUACGAUGAUAGUACAUUAAGCCUUCCAACCAAAACACAUGAAGCACAGCAGUUGCAAGAAUUUGAAGAUGUAGCGUCUAUAUCUGAGGCGAUUGCAUCAUUACAAUUAGCUUUAGAGAUGAAACUGUCAGGAAAACGUCGAAAAGCUGUAAAAUUAUUCCAGCAUGCAGUUGCAUUAGCACCUCAUCAUCCUGAUGUUUUAAAUCACUAUGGAGAAUUUUUGGAGCAAAACCAAAAUGACAUCAUUCGUGCAAAUGAAUUUUAUGUGAAAGCUUUAACUUAUGAACCGAAUCAUGAAGGGGCAUUAAUUAACAGCCAAAGAACAGCAAGGGUUGUUGAAGAAUUAGAUAAAAGAAUGUUACGUAGAAUUGAUGAAAAAAGAGAUGCGUUAUCGACAAUUCCUGAAAAUAAUGCAGCUCUAAUUCGAGCAAAAAAAGAAGCUUACUUUCAACAUAUCUAUCACACUGUGGGCAUUGAAGGCAAUACGAUGAAUCUCGCACAAACUCGAGCUAUUGUAGAAACUAGAACUGCUGUAGCUGGAAAAAGUAUUGAUGAACAUAAUGAAAUCCUGGGUCUAGAUGCGGCUAUGAAGUAUAUUAAUGCUACGUUAGUUAAUAGAGUUGGUUCUAUUACUAUUAAAGACAUAUUAGAAAUUCACAGACGUGUAUUGGGUCAUGUAGAUCCAAUUGAGGGUGGAAAUUUCCGUAGAACACAAGUAUACGUUGGUGGACAUAUCCCUCCUGGUCCAGGAGAUAUUCAUUAUUUAAUGGCAGAGUUCGCUGUAUGGCUUAACAGUGAACAUGCAAUUAGAAUGCAUCCUAUCAAAUAUGCUGCAUUAGCUCAUUAUAAAUUAGUACAUAUUCAUCCAUUCUCAGAUGGAAACGGAAGGACCUCAAGGUUAUUAAUGAAUGCUAUUUUGAUGCAAGCUGGAUACCCACCUGUAAUUAUUCAUAAACAAUACCGACACAAGUAUUACGAGUAUUUACAAAUAGCAAAUAGUGGAGAUGUAAGACCUUUUGUUAGGUUCAUUGCUGAGUGUACAGAACAAACUCUUGAUCUUUUUCUAUGGGCUACAAGUGAAUUUUCAAAAGAAGUUCCAGCUCUUAGUCAAGAAUCUUUGAUGAAAGAUCGACAUAGGACUAUAGCACUUGAUGAUGAUGGCAGUGGUGAAUUUUUGGAUGAUUAAAUUAGACUGUGUAAUCAAAAAAAAGUUUUGAUCGAAAUAGCAAAGCUUUAAUAUUUAAUAAUAUUAUGAUAAAUUGUGUAAAAGCAUUAUUUAUAAUGACUUGCUGGACAAGUAUACAAUAUUUAUAAAUUUAUUUUUAUCUUAAUUGACUCACUUCAUUAAAUAAAUGAAAUUUUUUACCAUAAUUGAUGUUCUUAGUAUUAUGGUGUAUUUAAAUCAUGUAUAUAAAAUAUAUUGAUGAUGGAAGACGAAACGAUUGUAGGAUAAAGAAAUAAGACAAGUUUCAAGAGCUUAAUAUUUUUUUAGUUACAUGCUUCAUUUAUGUAAAAAUAGAGAAUGAAAGACAAAGUGAAAAAUAAAUUUAUUUAAACUUAAUUAAAGAAUACUCGAUAUGAUGAUGUGUCUCACUGUAAAGUCUAAAAUGUUAACACUUUUAAAUUCAGUCGUUAUUUGGUUUUAUUAUUUUUUAUGCAACACAAAAGCUAUUACGCAUUAAUGAUAAACUCAAUGAGGGAUCGGGUACACAUCAAUUAAUAAUAAAAAAAAUAUAAAAUAGUAUCAACGAUAGUAUUGUGAUUUAUAACCACAAAAAUUUGCAUUAAAAUUAUAAAAAUUAUUAAUAAAUAGCUG